AUGGCUGAGGAUGUGAUUCUUCUAGAUGCCUGGGCGAGUAUGUUUAGGAUGAGGACGAGGAUUGCUCUGGAGGAAAAGAAAGUUAAGUACGAUUAUAGAGAACAAGAUCUUUCGAAUAAGAGCGCCUUACUCCUCGAGAUGAACCCGGUUCAUAAGAAAAUCCCGGUUCUCGUUCACAAUGGUAGACCGGUAUGUGAAUCUCUCAUCCAGAUCGAAUACAUCGAUGAGACUUGGCCUGGUGAAAACCCACUUCUUCCCUCCGAUCCUUAUGAGAGAGCUCAGGCCAAGUUUUGGGCCGACUUCAUCGACAAAAAGUUGAAUGUUCCAGCGUGGAGGGUUUGGGCAACCAAAGGUGAGGACCAAGACGCAUCCAAGGAGUUAAUCGAGAUACUCAAGAGGCUAGAGUCCGAGCUUGGAGACAAGCAUUACUUUGGAGGCGAGAUGUUCGGGUUUGUGGAUAUAGCUCUCAUUGGGUUCUACAGCUGGUUUGGAGUAUACGAGAAAUAUGGGAAUGUCAGUAUCGAAUCAGAGUGUUCAAAAUUAAUUGGAUGGACCAAACGGUGUUUGCAAAGAGAGAGCGUGGUUAAAGCCCUGCCUGAGUCAGAGAAGGUCACUGCUUUCAUUUCCGAGCGUAGGAAGAGUCUUGGCCUCGAAUAGAUCCUCUUCUGGUGUUAUGUUGUUCUAUAUCUUGCUCUUGUCAUGUUUUCCUCUCUUUCAAAGGUUCAUUUCUGCAUAAUAAUACGGGUCUGUGAGGUUGUUGUGUAACAGUGUAAGUACUGACCGAUGCUUGGUUGUUUUUGUAUCUUCAAUGUAUUUGGAAGUAUAUCUCA